CUACAAUCCGGACAAUAUCGUCAGAAUCAUCCAUCACUGAUUUUUGGAGAGCCUGCGUCCUCCUAAUAUCUCAUCAAUCCGAAAAUGCGUGUUGUACUCGCCAUCCUCAUCUCGGCGGUCCUGGCCGCGGCUUCGCCUUCCGUGAAGUGGCCACCGAAGGAUCUCACUCCCGAGGAGAAUCUGGGAAGUGUGGGCCUGAACUUCACCCUCAUGUCUCGUGAUGAGUAUCUGGAGAAGCGCCAGCCCGGUGGUGUCUACAUCUGUACGGACAUUAAUUGGGGUGGCACUUGUGGAUAUGCCAAACAGCCGUGGAAUCUGUGCAUUCAACUUGACUCUCCCUGGUACCAUACCAUCUCGUCGAUCGGCCCGGAUGAGUACAACGCCAUUGUUGCCUACUCGGACUACAGCUGCGGAUCCUCAGCCCAGCUAGCCAUCUUCAAUCCAGGCUAUCCCGACCUGCGCCCCGCUGGCUGGAACGACCGCAUUGGCAGCUUCAGGGUCUUGCAGAUCCCCGGCAAGAACUGCCUCGGCGCAUCAGACCUGGACAGCUCGUAUUUCCGCACAUCGACGAAUUGCAACAGCUGCUGCAAUGGCUGCAACAGGAGCGGCCAGGACUGUUGUCCCGAUGGGCUGUUCUGCUGAACUUCUGUGCUGGAAUGAAGGGUGAUAUGUUCAAAUGUUAGGGACUUUCAAUGAUUGCUGAUGAGGUCAGAUUGGGCUGUGUUUGUGUCCGGUUAGUGGCAAUUAAUUUGCUUUGAAGGUCGUGUGCUUCGCACAAGGUCCCUCUAUUGAAGCCCAGUAUCACUAC